CAUCAUGGCUUCAGAGGCCUCACAGUGUAGUGGAUAUUUCCAGGAUCACGGCAAUACGGCAGCUCUAAAUCAAUAUUUCCAGCAUUUAAGUUCCCAAUCGCAUUCGACCACAGGCGGUGGCAAUAACUGUGGCAGUGAUAGUGGCAAUGACAGAUCAUCGGCCGAUAAUACUCGCAGCAGUAUCAGCAGCAAUGAUUCAUCAAAGUCAUCAACUAAUUUAGGCGGUUCAAGGAGUAGUGGUGGCAGUAGUGGCAACAACAGUGGUCAAUGGCAGAAUCUACAAAAUCAACAACAGCAGCAGCAACAACAACAUCAACAGCAACAACAACAGCAUUUACAACAACAACAGCAUCACCAACAGCAACAACAUCAUCAACAACAACAGCAACAACAUCAUCAUCAGCAGCAGCAACAACAACAGCAGCAGCAUUUACAUAAUCAAAGCCUAGCGCAAAACCACCAACAACAGCAGCAACAACAACAAAUCCAGCACCAGCAACAACAACAACAUCACCACCAGCAGCAGCAACAACAACAGCAACAUCAAAACCACCACCACCAACAACUCUCUGCAGCACUUAGUCAAAGUUUACAACAAAAUUUAGCUGCCUCAAAUUCAAAUGCUAAUGCAGCAGCGGCGGCCGCUGCAGCCGCUGCUGCUGCCGUAGCCACUAAUCCUCACUCUAUAUUUGGCACCGGUAAUUUCCACUAUAAAACCAAUAAUUCUUGGUCCAUACCCUCACUGUCCUGCUAUCAGCGGCUCUACAAUGAAAAUGCCCAUUAUCAGCGUAAUUAUAGCGGCAACAGUGGUGGCACUAAUUCUGCCUGCAGCAGUGGCAGCAGCAACGGCAGCAUUAAUAACAACAACAACAAUACUAGUUCCAGCAAUAAUUCCAGUGAUGCAGUGGCACAAUGUAAUGUAAGUGGUGGUGGUGCUGGUUUAAAUGCAGGUGGUGGUGGCAUUGGCGGCAACGGCAACUCCUCUGCCCUAAACAAUAACUGCACAGCAACAUUUGCUGAGGCGUCAGCCGCCGCUGUUGCUGCGAACAAUACAGUUCAGCAGGUGGCAAAUGCUGUGGCGGCAGCAGUCAUUGCCAGCGAACAUCAUAAUCAUCAUAUGAACAGUUUAAAGUCACGUUUUCAACCAUCCAGCUCAGGUAGGCAUUAG